AUGGCCGGCAACGCUUACGUUCUGGGGGUUGGCAUGAGCGCCUUCCUCAAGCCUCGGCGACAGCGCGCCUUCACUGAGCUCGCCUUCGAAGCCGGCGUCAAGGCCAUGCUAGACGCCCAUGUGACGUACGACGACGUCGAGGCCGGCGUCGGGUGCUUCUGCACGCUGCCCUCGUGCAGUGGACAACUGUGCUUCUAUCAAUUUGGCAUGUCGGAUAUCCCCAUCUACAACACAAACAACGCCUGUGCCACGGGCUCGACCGGGCUCCAUAUGGCGCGGAACUUUGUCAAGGGCGGCCUGUACGACUGUGUCCUGGUCAUCGGAUUCGAGCAGAUGAAGCCCGGUGCUCUUGGAGGCGGCACUUCCGACCUUCCCACACCCCAAACCCUCAGCCUGAAGUUGAUGAGCCAGACCAGAGGAGAUACCAAGGCGCCGAAGAACCCGCAGAUGUUCGGCAACGCCGGCAGAGAGUACAUGGAGAAGUACGGCGCCUCUGCUGAAGACUUUGGAGAGAUCGCCCGGAUCUCGCACGAACACUCGUCGCGCAACCCCUACGCACAGUUCCGAGACGUCUACACGCUCAAGCAAAUCAUGGACUCACCCAUGAUCCAUUACCCGAUAACCAAGCUGCAGUGCUCGCCAACCUCAGACGGAGCCGCCGCCGCCGUGGUCGUGUCGCAGAGAUUCCUCGACAGCCGACCAGAGCUCAAAUCACACGCAAUCCUCAUCGCCGGACAGGCCCUCAAAACCGACACCCCAAAUCUCUACUCUGGCAGCGCCAUGGAGCUGGUCGGCUUCAGCACCGCAGGACGCGCAGCCAAGGCAGCGUAUGCCGACGCCGGCAUUGGACCCAAGGACGUCACAGUUUGCGAGCUGCACGACUGCUUCUCCACCAACGAGCUGAUCACCCUGGAAGGCCUGGGCUUCUGCGACGAGGGCAAGGCCCACCUGAUGGUGCGGAACGGAGACAUCACGUACGGUGGCAAGGGCCCGAUCAUCAACCCGUCCGGAGGCCUGAUCUCCAAGGGACACCCUCUGGGCGCCACGGGUCUGGCACAGUGCGCCGAAUUGACCUGGCAACUGCGCGGAUGGGCCAACAACGGCCGCCUGGUCAAGAACACCAAGUACGCCCUGCAACACAACCUGGGCCUCGGAGGCGCCUGUGUAGUCACCGUGUACACCCGAGCCGAUGGCAAAGUCAACACUGACCGCGCCGUCCCUGCCGAGGAAAUUGCCCGGCUCAGCGGCCUGGGCUACAACCCUGCCGUCGAGGCCAAAUGGGUAACGCCAGCGCAGGCGAAGCAGGUCCGGAGCAAGAAAGCCGGGUGUGACUAUGCGCUGGGGGAGACCUUCAGCAAGCUCGAGAAUGUCAGACUGUAGGCAGAAAAUUCUUGGUAUGCAAUCUAGGAAAAAUAAAGCGA